CAGUCGUGUUUGAGACUCGCUGCGGCCUUAACGUGCUUCUUCUCGUAGUAUGCCUCGCGCGUGUGUGUGUGUGCCUUGAAAGAAUAUCUAAAGUGUUUGGUGUUAUUGAAAAAAAAAAUUAUAAAAACAAAAAUAAUUUUGCAAAGAUAAAAAAUCAGCUGAAGUGUGCGCACAAAACUUGUUACGAGUGUCAAACAAGAAUAAAAAAAGUACAAAAAUCGAUCUAAAUAAAAACAACAAAAUGUAAAAAUCAAUGAGCAAAAGGUAAAACGCAAACAAAUAAAAAAUAAAUUGAAAAAUAAUUUUUAAUCUCACAACUGGUUAACGAAUCAUUGCCAAAUGCCAGCAACUACAAUAAAAGCGGCAAGCGUUUGAAUGUGUGUACGUGUGUGUGUGCGUAGCACAACUGCCCAAAGUGAGCAACGCUGGCUGGACGCGGUCAUAUGAAGCAACAUUGACACAUACAAAUAAACACUUGUGACAUUGCAGCAGAAAAUCAAUAAACACCACAACAAUAGCAGCAAUAACAGCAAAUACAGCAAGAACAGCAUGCAGCAUAUGGCUGUGCUGGAAAAAUUUAACGAUGCCACAUAUUGUUGCAGAAUGUGGAAUCUGGAAUAAAAAUGCGCGCAUAAAUUACCGCCACAACGGCAGACAUUGAAAAAAAGAGCAAUAAAUUUGUUCGCUGGAAUUCGCAGCGACUACCAAAUUGAGCGAACUGUGUAGCAAAGAAAAAAAAAUAAAAAUAAAAAGCAACAACAACACAUUAAAGUGCAGUGCCAACUCUGAUAUAGCCGCAAGUUGCCGCGCAUUUAGCAUUGGAAUGCUGGUAGUUUGCGUUAGCAGCUGUUGCGCUUGCUGUUGUUGUUGUUGGGGCAGUAACUUUACUGCAGCCGCAGUUAACGUGCGUGGCGCGCAUUCGCCAUUGACCGGAAAAUCAACGUCAACAUUAUUGACGUGCGCAACAUUUAAUGGCAGCACUGCAAGCACAAUACAACACAUACAUACUUUCCAUACAUAAACAACUAUAUAGGUAUAUAACGGCAGCUGCCGGUAGACGUUGCUAAGAGCGUGUCUUUUGGAGCCAGCCUGGGAACCAGCGUUAAGUGCGCUAUGCUGCCCGGAACAAAAGUCACAGCCAUAAGCUACGUCGUACGCAUAAAAAUAAAGCAAAGCAGAAAGCAAUAACAACAAAUAGCGUUGAAAAAAUACAAAAUUGAAAACUUGUAUGUUUGAAAAUUCAGCAGUUAAGUGCGUUGUCGCGCCUCCCAUAUCAACACAACCGCCUUCGCUGAGAUGGAGGAGGAUGUCUUAAAUGCGCUGCAAACGCGCACGGCCUACUUGCCCGGCGGCUAUGAUCGCGCGGGCAAAAUUAUCAUCGUUGUUAACAUCAUCAACGAUUUACAAUUGUGGAAUCGCCGUUGUUUGGAGCUAUCGAUUGCCUACUUAAAAAGUGCGUUGAGCGCCGCCACUUUGCAACGCGGCGUCACCGUCAUUGUGGACGCACAGAAGAGCACGACACGCAUUACACGCACGCAUGCGCGCAUCAUUUACGCACUAUUCGAUGAAAUCACAGUCAAUUUAUUUCUAGUCAGAGCGGAGGGUUUUUGGGAGAAGCAUGUGGACACGUGCACGAGCAAAACGCAGGCGAAGGGCGAGCCUAUUGUGCUCUCGAAGGCACGUUUGAUAAAAUACUUCGACCUCUCACAGUUGCCAGAGGAGUUGGGUGGCACUUUGUCAUUUAACUAUGAUUUAUGGCUGCAACAAAGAAAGGCCAUUGAUGAGUUCCAAAAGACUUUCGAUUCGACGCUUAGCAGCAUGGAGAAUCUGCACGUGGUGCUGCUGAAUAAUAAAUCAUUGCGGCCAACGGAAGCGGAUGUUGAGUUGAAGAAGUGUGCACAGCUGCAUACGAGCGUACAACAACAAAUUGAAGUGGUCAUCGAGUUGGGCAAUCGCGUGCUGAAUCGACUCGCUGAAGCUUAUGCGCCACCAAGAGUGGCACCAACGCCUCAAAUAAUGUCCACUACUAACGUUUUAACAUCAACUAAUAACCACACAACAGCAAUAUCCUGCCAUGAGUCACAUAUUAACAACCAUAAUGUUCAAACGCAUAUAAAUGCCACCUGCGCCACAGCCAACACUCCCGCCACACGUCUGCCACUGCCGACGGAUCUUCAAUACGCACGCGCACGCAUCGAACUCCUGCUCAACCAAAUCGAACGCAAACAAACGGAAAUACGUACCGCGUGGCUGGAACUCUUGCAGAGCAUACGCGAGGCACGCGAACUCACACACCUGGAAGAGGGUGUCGCCUUCGUAACGAACUGGAUACUACAGACUGCCGAACAGAUGCUCAGCCGACAAUAUAGCAUCGGCGGUGAUGUGCACAGCUGUGAGACGCUACGCGCCGCACACGAUGUACUCGAACUGGAAUGCCGCGAAACGUAUGGCUUCUAUGCGGAAUUAUUGUAUAAAAUCGAUGCAUUCGGUGGAGUGAAGGACUCGCACGCAUAUAAGGAUCUAAUGUCACAAUGUGAUUUCAUGCAAUUUGUGUGUCGCUCAUUCGCUACACGUCUGGAGCGGCGUCGGAAUGUGUUGAUCACAUCGUUGCGGUUUUUUCGACUCGUCAGCGAAUAUUUCGAUCGUACUACUGCGGUUUUCGAAACACUAGUCAUGGGUAAUAAAAUAGCCGAGGAGAAUUUUGUGGCGGCUGCGGAAACUUUGCAGCAACUGAAGGAGAGUCAGCUGAGUUUGGCCAACCUGGAACGCGAACUCGUUAAGGAGGGCGAAAAGCUCAGCGAUAUGCUGGCGAUGCCGGUGAAAGAUGCGCUUGGCCGUGACCUACACAUCGACUACAGCGAAGAUAUCGGCAAUGUGCGCGAUAUUUUGGACACGACGUUGGCGCGCCGCAACAUCUUCGGCGACAGCGUUGAACUGCAGAAACUCACCUUGGAACAAAUGACACACAUUUACACAUACGAACAGGACGGCCGUAUGGCCAUUAAAUGGAUGGAGGAUUUGUACAAUGUCAUGAUCAAGUGCCAUUCGCACGUCGGUUGUAAUAUACACGAGAUACAGGUGCAGAAGGAUGAAUUGCAGACAUUUCAAGAAACUGGAAAGAGCAUCUACAACUAUGGUUGUCAAUUGCUGGAAGCUUCGCAGGCGCUGCGCAUUUCCUGUCGUCUCGAUGCAGAGGCAAUACCACAACGCAUGUCACAGCAAUUGCGGCACACUUGGCACCGAUUGCAGGCCAUAAGCCAAGAGCAUAUGACACGUCUUCGUGUCUCAGCCGUUUUCCAUCGCAGCGUCGAGGAGUACUGCCAACAGCUGCAGGAGCUGCGCUUAUCGGUGCGCAAUCUGAAGCAAACGCCGAACAGCAGCAGCGGCAUCAGCAGCGAGUCGGAUACACGCGCAUCACCGCCAAUCAUUAUCGGCGGUAGAGAAGCCGCGGACGAGACGGUGGAAAGAGGAGGCCGCGUUGGCGCAGAAGAAGAGAUAACAACUCACAACAUUGAUGGCUAUGCGGACAAAUCGACAACGACGAGUGUCACAAUGCCGACGGGGGGCGCAAGCGGUGCGGCGGCGCUACUGCGUGAUCAGCUGCGUAAACAUUUGGUGGUGCGCGAACAGCUGCUGCUCGAAGUGGGUCGCAUGGUGCGGUUGGGCCGACUAUUGAAAACCCGUUUGAAAGAACCAUUCGUCUUGGAUGCCGUUACGGGAAUGAGCGUUACAGUUGAUGAACUGGCAACGGAUGCUUCCAGUUCGGCCGGCGAUACGCAAACACAAUCCUCCAGUCCGGUUGGCACGGUCGAUAGUGCUAGCACCGCCGAUUCCAAUACCAUUGUUAUAAAACCGACGGGAAAUAAUGAUAUUGCUUGUGCGGCUAUCUCACAUAAGUUGCAGGAAAUUGCUGAGGUGGCGGAAUCGCUAGAUGCUUCGAUACGUGACGUGCAACAGGAUGCGGAAGCGUUGGAGGUGAAUGCGACCAACACCGCUGAGAAGAAGCGCGAGGCUAUGCGAAGUUACAGUAGUGAGGACUGGCACUCACGCUCCACCGAGGACGACUCCUUCGUUACCGCCUCCGAGGGUAAUUUUACGCCACACUCGCAUUCGUCGUCAUACCAAACGGCGUCGGGACGCACUUCCUCGUUUAUCAGUUGCGAUAAAAGCUCAUUUGAUGUGAGCGAAGCGGAUGACUCCACCUUUGCAUCGACAUUUGAAAUACCCGUUGACAUUAAUAUGUCUUACGAUGGCACCGAACAUAGCUUUGUGUCCGCACAACAGCAAGACUCUACACCCUCACCACAACAACAAGAACUACAACAACAAAACACACACGAAUCACCUACUGAUGGCGGCGCCUACGCUUUACCACCCACCAACGACGAUGGCGACGGCAGCAGCAUCGCCGACAUUGAGGAACUGCACAGCCAAAGCGUGACACCGACACCGGGUGAUGGCGAUGUAGAGCACUAUAACUUUCAAAGCAUACCCAUCGAGUCAGAAUCCGAUUUGGAAUCAUCUUGUAUAGUCGAUUCGCCAUCGCUGCAGGUGUUGACGGAGGAGGUGUCGGUCACAUCGGUGACGCCGGAGGUGAGCACGUGUUCUAGUACUGAGCCAAAGCAAUUUCAAAAGCAAAAGCAACAGCUACUGCAGCAACCGCAAAACAAUUAUAACAAUAACAAUAACAGCAAUACUAACAACAGCAACACUAGCAAUACGAGUAACAAUCAAAAACCGAAUGCGGCCUGGCGUCGCAGCAAAUAUUAUGAGAACAUAACCAAGCAAACCAUCAAGGGUUUUCUAUAGGUGAAAUGUGAGUGCGUGCGGGGGCGUUGGUGGCAUCGGCAAAGCGACAAUGCCAACGCCAACGCCAGGGGAACACAGCAUAGAACAACAGCGCUUUGCAUGCACGCACAUACCCACAUCACGGCACAUACAUAUGUAUAUAUAUGUCUAUGCAUGUAUGUAGAAAUGUUUGAACACAAUAUCCGACCAUAUUUUUUUUAAUUUAUUUGCUUUGGCUAAAUUAGUUUGUUAUUUAUUGGCUGAUAGGCAGCAACUAACCAUGAACUUAACCGCACUUUAUUGUUUGCCUUGGCGAGGCUCAAGCAGUCGGAAAUGACUACUCAACAAAUAAGCAUUUGUUUGUGUGUAUGUAUGUAUUUUUUGGUUUUUGUAUAUUUUCGUUUGCUUUUUUACUUUACUUUUUUCGAAAAGUAGCUUAAUCAUAAAUUUUAGAAAAUGUCUACAGCAAGAGCAUUGAUGAAAUUUACAUAAAUAUUUUUGUUUAUAUGCAUAAAAUAUAUAAGUAUGUUUGUUGAAAAUUUAGAAUUUAUUUAUUUUGGAAAUUUUAAGCAAAUACAUUGUAGAUUUUAAGUGCCAAAUACAUGCCUGGUUUGCUUCUGGCGUCAUUUCGAGAGCGCAAAGUGUGAAAAUAUUAAAAUUGUAAUGAAUACAAACAAAGAAUAUACGUACAAAAACACACACGCAAAAAAAAUAAAAUAAAACAAAAAAAUACCUACAAACAGAUAUGCACACCAAGAAAUGCCUGAUAAUGCAAUUUUAAUGCAACUAAUUUUUUCUGAUUACUUUACAGUUUAAAUUGCUGAUUACUUCAAAUUUUGCGUUUACUAAAUUUACCUUUGAUUUCUUAUUUAUGCCGGAGAAUUACACAAUUUUAUUUAACAAAAACAAGAAAUAUGUAUAAAUGUUAUGCCGUUACAUACUCUAGUGAUAACUAUUUAUAUAAAAUUACUUCUUAUUUAAUUUAUUAUAUUAAUUAAUUAUAAUUACUUAUAAUAAUUACACUUCAAUUAUGCAUAUUUAUAUAAAAAAUAUAUUUGAUAAAACUUAGUCAAUUUAUAUUUAAGAAAUAUGCUCACACAAAACGUAUAUAUUGUUUUAUAAUAGUAUAAAUUAAAUAAUAAAAACAAAUAUUUUUUGAAAAUAAAUCAUUAUAAUUAUGCAUGAAAUAAAUAC